AAUAAUUACUACUAGUAGGGGGGGUCAAACUGGCGGCCCCGGGGCCGGAUGCGUCACGCGCAGGCCACGCCCAGCCCGGCUCCACAAAGGCAAAAAACUCCGUCGCGGUACGUCAUGUGAUGCGAUCGACUUUGACCCCCCUCCGUGAAUUACAGGAGUGGUCCCUUGGUCUCACCGUCUCCCGCGAUGAUGGUGCCGGACCUGCGGCUGGACCCUUCGAUUCGCUUCUGGAUUUUGCUGCCCGUGGCCUGGAUCGCGCUGGCUGUGGGGAUUCUGCGGCUGCGCGUGUCUAAAUUGCUGCGCGGCAAGCGCGAGCCGGCCUGGCCUGAGCAACGGCAAGACACGCAAAUUCUGACUCGUAGCCGCCUCUUGAGAGAAAAUGGACGGUUCCUAACUCAUCAGGGUUUUCUUAUGCGCAAGCAUUACUUCAAUAAUUCUGAGAGUGGCUUCUUUCGCACAACUAAACGCAAACUGCAAUCCCGAAACCCACUGACAGAUCCCACAGUGGUUACAGAGAUGAUGAAGGGCAACCUUAUCGAUGUUCUGCCCAUGAUUCUCAUUGGAGGCUGGAUCAACUGGGCCUUCUCUGGCUUUGUGGCUACUAAGGUUCCCUUCCCCUUGACCCUGCGAUUCAAGCCCAUGUUGCAGCGUGGAAUUAACCUGCCUUCCAUGGAUCCCUCGUGGGUGAGUUCGGCCUCCUGGUACUUCCUCAAUGUCUUUGGUCUGCGGAAAAUAUACCAACACGUUCUGAGAGAGGACUCUGAGCCAAGUCAACUCGAAGUACAGUUCAUGGGCCCAGACAUUCCUGCUCCACCAGAUCCCAACAAGGCCUUCAAAGCUGAGUGGGAAGCCUUGGAAUUGGUAUCUCACCACUGGGCUCUUCAGGAUGUUGAGGAACAGCUGAUAUCACAGGACCUCAAGUUGACCGGGAUGUCCAGGCCAGAUUGAGCUCUACCAGUCUGCUCUGGAGUAUAGUCCUACAGGACAGCAGUGCCCAGAAACACUCUGUUCAUUAUUAGGAAUUGGUGGCCAAGGACCACCUGUUGUGCAUGGUGUGCUAAAGUUGUGAAGCUGUGCUUGAUUUAAAUGGCAAAAGGUACUGAUGGAGCACUGAAAAUCAAUGAUCAGCAGUCUGAUCAGGAAGCAGUUUCAGAAAGCUUGUGAAGAGCUGAAGCAUGUGUUAGCAUCUACUAUCAUUUCCUGGUGUGCAGCAACAGAAAAAUGUGAUAAGAGUGUCUGGAGGCUUCAGGUAGAAAUUUAAUGUAUAUGCUAUAGCAGAAUAUUGGGUAAUAAACCAAGGUAGCUGCAA